CUUUUAACUUUUACACAGUAUCGAUGCUCAGAGCACAGUUGACAUCUGGCAUCCGAGAAAACACAGAAUAUUUUAAGCACGAAGCAUAAAAGCACCCACUAGCAGCUGCUCCGACUGCCAUCCCGUCAAAAUUUUAGUUUACUCUUUUAGAAGCGUUGAAUCGGCGCAUGUUCCGAGCACUCCUCCGACCGAGCAUGAAGCGACAGGCCCAAGGGCCCGUCUCCGACGAACAGAAGACCCAGCCGCAACAGGAUCAGUCCGAGGUACAAGCCAAUAAGCAGGACCAGAUGCAGGUAUCAGAACAGAAUCAAACCAUGAACCAAAACGUGGAUGACAAUCACAACCAGAGUGCCAAUUCAAAUCCGACCAUGACACAGUCACAGGUAACAUUACUAACCGAAUUGCCAGUGGCAUCCACAUCCACAAAUCCAGCUGCGCAGCUCCUGGAUGAUCCGCUAGAAGAUCAAGAGAAGAAUAACGCAACCGCUACCAACAAACAUAACGGCAAUCGUGAGUUUACCUCAAAAGAACCGGAGCAGGACUCCAUGGAGUCCGGGGCACAGGGCGAUAACGAGCAGUCGGACUCUGAGCUGCCUGGCAGCUCCAAUUGUCAUUCCCCCGUGUCAACCCCACAUCCGUUGCCACUGCCUAAGUCCAGAUCUAUAUCCAUUUCCAAUACAAUUUCCAUUCCGAUCCCGCUCUCGCUACCGCGACCUUUGCACAACAAACAGGACCUGCCUGACGAAGGUGGGAAUCCGGAGCAGCUGAAGACCCUAGCAGCGGGGCGUGAGCAAAUUGCCAAGCUGCUGCUCAUAUGUUUGGGUGAGGGGGCCGGAGCAGAGGGCGAUGGUGAGGCGAAUCAAAUAGUGAUGGAGUUACUGGGCGGUCGUGACAGCAGCAGCCACUCGAGCAACUCGAGCGACGCCACCAGCGACAGCAGUGGCACCGGAAUCCAGAGCAGCAACGAUGGCAAUAUCAAUGACAAGAGCAGUAACGACCCAACGAUUCCCGCCACUAUGCCGAGUCCUUCGGCCAUUGAACGCGUAUCUGAGCAACUAAUGAGUGUCCUCCGGGAGCAGACCCUAAGCGAGGCGGGUAUUUCCAUUGGAAACGAGAGAUAUCAUUGCUUCAAGUGCGUGCUGCAAAACUAUGCCAAGAUCUAUGCCGCGCGACGUUUCAUGGAACAGUUGCCGCAACUAGAACCGCAGGAAAACGCCCAGAGUCAAGACCAGAGUUCGGGUCAACAGUCAGAAUCGGCGCAAGAACAGAGCAACGGUGUCGAGGCGGACCAAAAGCUACUCGCCCGCGUUGUGGCGGACGAGAUACCUGAGCUGCUACGCCAGCUCUGGUCUUCGCUGGAGAAGAUGGAGUUCUUUAACGAGGAUACAGCCUUCAAGGCGUAUUUGGAGGCGCGCAACCAUCCUGAGGCGCGCAUCCUGCGCGAACUAAUGCUCACGCGCAUCUCGCGCGUCUUCCUUUGCAUCGUUAGCUCCACGUUCUUCCUGGACUUUACCGAGCACGAGCUGACUCACAUCCUACGGAAUUGCUAUUUGAGUGUGAACUCUGAGAUCGAGAUUUUUCUUUCCGUCGUGCUCUGGCUGGAGCACAACUGGUACGAGCGGCGCGAGUGUGCCGAACGAAUCCUGGCCCAGGUGCGCUUUGGAUUGAUGCCGACCUGGUAUCUCGCUACUUUGGAUCGGGCCAAUCGCUGCCGUCACUUUUCCCGGGUGAUCCAAAGCCCCGGCGUGCAGCGCAUGAUAGCUCAAGGCCUGGAGGAUGGCGUCACUUUGAAGAGGAAGCGCCGCUCUAGCGGCACAUCUGGACGAGGAGCAGCCACCUCUUCCACUGGCAAGGAAUCUCAACCAUUACGGCAGUCUGAACAGGCACAGUCUCAGCAGCGACAGCCACAGCUUUCUCAACCUAGGCGACCACAGGAGUCGCAGUCACAACAGCGACAGCCGGGGCAACUAUCGCAGCAGCAGCGGACGGCGGAGCCACCACUGCCACGAGAAUGGAUUGCCGAUCCGGAAUGCCGCCACCAUCACAAGUGCCACUGCGAACGGUUCGUGUAUCCCACAUACGAUGUUUUCAAGGAAUAUCUGGCCAGGAUUAUUUGUUGCGCGCCCAACUAUUGGCACACCUUCCGGCCCGCCCAGGAAGUCUACCGAAGCGAUUUCCGUUGUUGCUCGCCGCCGCACUUUAACUAGUACUUCUGUGGUGCCAUAACUCUUACUACAUCUAACCCGUUAAGCAGUUAUCUCGCACCCGUUCUAGUACUAGUAGCAGUGCCAGUACCCAUUACCUUUUCUGUUAUCAUUUUCGGUUGAACCACCAACGAUUACCAAUCCCAACGAUUACCACGAUCACAUCUGCUCCUGCGACGACUUCUGGAAACGCUUUAAGCUCUGCGGUUCAAAUUUUACGUGAGAGGAUAAUACUUCGGAUCAUGCGUUUGUCUGUCUGUUUGCCCCGCCCAUCUACUGACCACGACCACGACCCGUACCGGUGUCCUGGUUCAUCGUGUUCGUGUCCUUUUAGCAACCAAUGUCAAAGCCGGCAAGGCUAAAGCGUAGCUAUCAGUGCACGCUCCCAUCGCAUCAAUAAAAUUGUUUCAUGCUUCUA